UUGGUAUUGCAGUCUUCAGAGGUCGUUUUAUCCUUAACUCAACCGAACUGCUUUCACUUGUUCCUGUUCCUCUAACAUUUUCCCGUUCAAUUCCUCACUCACACACAAAAAUUCAUUCACAUUUUCUCACUCAACUUCAACAAUCUCAAUUUCUUCUCUUUCUAAUCCAACCAAAAUUUCACACUCAAACUCAUAAAACCAAAACCAUAAAAACACUUUUCAUUCUACAACAAUGUCUGCUCUGUCCCCUCCAACACAUUCACCACUUCUUCUAAACACAAAAACCAAUCUUUCAUCAUCUUCUUCAUCUUCACCUUCUUCUCUUUUUCUUCCUCUUCUCACUUUCACUUCUAAACGUUCUUCUUUACUAACCAUUUUCUCUUCUAACAAAUCAGAAAAUGGGUUGGCGAGUGAAGAGAAAAAAAUCUUACUUGAAAAGUAUGGUUAUGAUGUUGAUGCUGAUGAUUCCUUUUCUCAAUCUUCACCAAAGUCCAAGAGGAAAAAGGAUCAACAGAAGACACGAGGAGGGAAGCAAGUGCAGGAUCCACCCGUGGAACCUAAGCAGCCUCCUCGCACUACGCACAAAUUACUUCAGGUUAUUGGAGGAACAGUUCGAAGAACGAAGCUACUCUCACCAAACAGUAUGGAUGUUCGUCCCAUGAUGGAGGUCGUGAAAGGUGCGGCCUUUGAUAUAUUACAGGCGGCUGGGGGCUCUCCUGCAACCUUGAGACCUGGACGUUGGUUAGACUUGUAUAGCGGUACCGGUUCUGUUGGAAUUGAAGCACUUAGCCGAGGUUGUUCUGAGGUGCAUUUUGUUGAGAUGGAUCCUUGGGUUGUAUCAGAUGUUUUACGUCCAAACUUAGAGGUGACUGGAUUUGUUGAUGAAUCAGUCAUACACACUGUCCGUGUUGAGAAAUUCUUCGAACGUGCCGAGCAAUUUGUAGGAAACAGCGGAGCAUUUGAUUACAUUAGUGUCACCCCUCCGUACGAAGUAGUGGAUUAUGCAGUGCUGAUGAGGCUGAUUUCAGAGUCACCAUUUCUUGGAGAGGACACUUUUAUGGUAGUCGAGUAUCCUUUAAAAACCGACAUGCUCGAGUCUUGCGGAGACCUUGUUAAGAUAACUGAUAGGCGGUUCGGCCGGACCCUCUUGGCAAUUUAUGGACCAACAUGGGCUCAAAAGAAGAAGAAAUCAAACACUCAUAAAACACAACAAGUGAAGUAAAAGGCUGAUAAACUUGUUGUUGGAAUGUUUAUACUGUUAUAGGAGUUAGCAGGAUUUUGUUACUUGAAAAUUAAGGACUUACAGUAUACUAAAUUAAUUAUUCACAUUUUAGUGAUGAUGUAACAAUGUCCAUAAACUAAUUUUUCAUUAUAUUAGUUAGCUUGUGUGCA